ACCACACCCCUCCAAAACGCCAAAAAAAUUCCCCACUUUCUCUCCACACUCUUCCCUUUCCGGCUUUCCCCUCCCUCCUCCUCCCGAGAUCCCAUCCAUGGCCGCCUCCCGCCCCCGGAUCUGGCCCUGAGGCCGCCAUUGUUGCUGGAUCCCGCUCCGGGGGCCUCCCUCCUCCGCGCCGUCGCGUUUCCUGGCUCGUUUGCAUGUACCCCGUGUAUUGAGGCGGCCUGUCCUUUCGCCUUUUUUGGGGGGUGCUUGCGCUCAUUGGUUCUUGAUCCGUCUGCAUUUGCGCCGUGGAGCUUGUCCGGGGGCAAGGGAAUUGGUGCCUACCGUUCUUUGGUUGCUUACCUUGAGAUCUCUUGUUGUUGCUGCUGUCGAAUCCGGAAUCCUCCCUGCCAUUGCAAUCUCUUGUUGCCAUUGCAGGUGCGUUUUUUCGUGUAUUUUUUUGCGAGGAUUUGCAAGCGCGGAUUUUUCGCGGUCGUUCGUGGGAGGCCGGAUGCUUGUAAUGGUUCUUUGAUUUGGGGGAAUUGAUGUGGUAUUGGUGCUGCCGAAUCUUGCCGCCAUGUGGAAGCAAUUUAUUGGCAAGCUGUCGUGGAAAUCGCUGAAAUCUAGCCCUGGAGGCGGAGGGGGCUCGCCUACGGCGAAGUCGCACCCUAUGUCUCCCAGGGAAAAUGGGGGCUCGGGGAAGCCGAACGCUUCGCCUACGUCGCCCUCAGGGGUCGCUGCAGCCGAGGGGAGGUCCAGGGAGGAUGCAUUCAUCCAGAAGGUGAACAUUUGCUGCACGGUAUACGACUUUGCUGACCGGGGGAAAGACUCGCCGGAGAAAGAGAGGAAGCGGCAGGUCCUGAUGUCCCUCGUUGACUGCAUUGGUGCUGCCGAGGAGCCCCUCACAGAGGCGAUGAUGUCGGCGUGCGUGCACAUGUUUGGUGUUAACCUCUUCAGGGUCUUCCCACCCAAGGUGCGAUCAGGCACGGCGGCAUCCGAGACAGAGGAGGACGACCCAUUCUUUGACCCCUCAUGGUACCACCUGCAAGUCGUGUAUGAAUUGCUUCUUCGGUUUGUCACUUCACCGUUCGUUGAUCCCAAAGUGGCUAGGAAAUAUGUAGACAGUUCAUUCGUCUCGAAGCUACUUGACCUAUUUGAUUCUGAUGACCCAAGAGAGAGGGACUGCUUGAAGACAGUAUUGCAUAGGAUAUAUGGAAAGUUCAUGGGAAAUCGACCGUUCAUUCGUAAGGCUGUGAGUAAUAUCUUCUAUAGGUUCGUCUCUGAGGCUGAUCAUCACAAUGGGAUAGCCGAGCUGUUGGAGGUGUUUGGCAGUGUAAUAAGUGGGUUUGCCAAGCCAUUGAAGGAGGAACAUAAGUUGUUCCUAUGGAAAGCAUUAAUUCCCCUUCACAAGCCUAAGACAGUGGGCGGAUAUCUGCCACAGCUGACUUACUGCAUAACGCAAUUUAUUGAGAAGGAACCUAAGCUUGCAGGAACUGUGAUCAGAGGUCUGUUGAAGUAUUGGCCAAUUACCAAUAGUCAGAAGGAGAUGAUGUUUUUGGGGGAGUUGGAAGAGGUGCUCGAGUUAAUUGACAUGGCUGAGUUCCAGAAGUGCAUGGUGCCAUUGUUCCGGAGGAUUGCAACUUGCCUGAAUAGCUCCCACUUCCAGGUUGCAGAGAGAGCCUUAUUCUUGUGGAACAAUGAACAUUUGUUUGAUAUGAUAUCCCAAAACCGUCAAGUGAUUGUGCCAAUUGUAUAUCCAGCUCUGGAGAGAAAUGCCCGCUGGCAUUGGAACCAAUCGGUUCUCAACGUUACGAUGAAUGUGAGGAAAAUGUUCUUCGACAUGGAUGAGAGAUUGCUCCUGGCUUGUCAGAGCAACUUCCAAUUAGAAGAAGAGAAGCGAACUGCAGCCGAGGAGCGUCGAAGGCUUGUCUGGAAGCAACUGGAGCGGAAUGCUCAACCAGUGGUAGCUGGUAGUGCGAGCUUUCCACAGCCCUCUUCAUCUGUGCCCCCAGUAGUUCCCACUGUGACAUGACAUGGCUCCAAAUAUACUCCAUUUCACUUCCUUGCUUCGUAGCUAGCUAGAUGAAGUUGCUUGCUUCUCUGGGGUACAGAAGGCAUUUUGUUACCUUUGUAAGCCCCCCUUGCCAAAGUCUGUAAUUAAUAGUUGUUGGUCUGAAGACAAAGGAAUCUUGAUUUUUUUUUGCAGCGAAUUCUCAAUUAAUGGGCAUUGCUUUCUUGGCAAAAUAUUGAUUGAUUCUACCUUAGUAUUCUGUGAAGUGUGGACACUUCCGAUUUUGUAUGUGAGGGAUGUCAAAUUGAAAGGCCAUCUUUUUGUAUGUGACAGUAGCAUCUUUUACAGUGUAAUAUAAUAUCAGAUCCACUUGUGUGUGGACAGUGUCUUCUCCAA